AUUCAUAAUCUCUGCAUAAUGAAGGUCCUUUUCGCUCUUGUUCCACUCGCUGCCCUUUUGGCAGGUUUUUCCUCCGCUAACCUCGUCUUGGACCUCAAGCACCCCGAAAAGGUCUCGGGCCAGUACCACGACUACGACCAUCUCGGCCUAAAGGUUGGAAUCUUCAGACCUUCGUACAACACCAAGGUCACUUCCAUCAAGUUUGACUCGCAGGGUAUCUGGAAGGCCGCGGACGACGGCGUUCAGCACCUCCUGGAGCUCGUUGUGUUCUACAAGUGCAUGGGCAUUGGUCUUGCACAUGUGACCUUCUACGCUGGCUUCAACGACAAGAGAAAGGUCCUCCUCGGAUACUCUCACAGCAGCUCUGACAUGGCACCAGUCACUGAUGAGGCCUUUUACAAGAAGCUCCUCUCAUACGCUAAGCCUGCAGAGCCCAAGCACCCAGAGCUCCCAGCCCACGACGUCUUCUUCAAGCUCAACAAGUUACUCAGCGGCGAGGAAGAGCUCGGUGAAGCUCCCAAGGUCGAGGCUCCAGCUGGUGAGGACGUCUCUGAUGAACUCUGAGCCCCUGGGACGUUUCCAUUCCAGAGCUCACGCACACGGUUGGUAUGGACAUUUUAAAUCUUGACAACGAUUUGAAGAUGAAGUGGGCUAAAUCCACUGCCAUGUGGCUAUCGCACUUUGUCGAACCUUGUCAUGUUUACUAAUUUUUUUCUUCUGC